AUGACUGAGUCCACCAUGGGCUAUAUGCUGGUGCAAGAAUCAGAAGAGAAAGUGGAAAAGGCAAUAUACUAUCUAAAUAAGAAAAUGUUGGAAUAUGAAACCUGGAGAGCUAUAGUCGAGUUUUUGGUAAACCACCUGAUCAAUGGAGAAGAAGACAGGGAGUAUGAGUUCCCAGAUGAAGCGAUCCUACAGUUAGAAAAGGACACUUGUAAAUUGUAUUUUGAUGGAACUGCCAAUCAGUAUGGAUACGGGAUAAGAGUGUUUCUUAUAGCACCUGACGACUCCCACAUACCUCUGGCCUUUAAGCUUCGGUUUAAGGUAUCCAAUAAUCAGGCAAAAUAUAAAGUAUACAUAGCUGGACUGGAAGCUGCCCUAGAACUAGGGGCAAUAAGAUUGGAUGUAAUUAGAGAUUCAAACCUAGUUGUGUCUCAAGCUAAUGGGGAUUGGAAAGUGAAGGAAAAGAAAAUGAAAGUUUAUCAUCAGACCUUGGAUGUGAUAAUCUUAAGGUUUGAACGCUUGACAUUGACACAUUUAGUGAGGGAGAACAAUAGGUUUGCUGAUGCUUUGGCAACCUUAGCUUCAAUGGUAGACAUACCAAUUGGGGUGAGGAUGCGUCCGAUUAUGAUAGAGAAGAGAUACACACGGCAUACGAGAUGA